AUGGAGGAGUACGCUCGGGAGCCUUGCCCAUGGCGAAUUGUGGACGAUUGCGGUGGAGCCUUCACUAUGGGCGUCAUCGGCGGCGGAGUUUUCCAGGCCAUCAAGGGCUUCCGCAAUGCCCCUGUCGGAAUACGGCACCGAUUGAGAGGUAGUGUCAACGCUGUGAGGAUCCGAGCCCCCCAGAUUGGAGGUAGCUUUGCCGUGUGGGGGGGCCUGUUCUCCACCAUCGACUGUGGCCUGGUGCGGCUGCGGGGCAAGGAAGAUCCCUGGAACUCCAUCACCAGUGGAGCACUGACUGGGGCUGUGCUGGCUGCCCGCAGUGGCCCAUUGGCCAUGGUGGGCUCAGCAAUGAUGGGGGGCAUCCUGCUGGCCCUCAUAGAGGGUGUUGGCAUCCUCCUCACUCGCUACACUGCCCAGCAGUUCCGCAAUGCACCCCCGUUCCUGGAGGACCCCAGCCAGCUGCCCCCUAAGGAGGGUACCCCAGCCCCAGGCUAUCCCAGCUAUCAGCAGUACCACUGAGGAAGUGACUGCCUCUCAUCACCACCAUGGGAGCCCCUCCUCCGUUCCCUCCCAGAUGAUCUACCUCGAAGGGAGGGCUGGCUCCCAGUUGGCCCUGGGACCCUCCAGAGAGGGCUUCUACUCUGCCUCCUUGUCCCAGGGUGGGGGUGGGGCACCCCAGCUGCCCUGACGGAUGGGUCCCCUUCUCUCUCAGGGCACCCCAACCCCAUACUCACAUGUAACAAGUUCUCACCCCAUCCCCUUUUCGUGGCGCCCUGAUGAGUAUUUAAAGCCAGUUUUGAAAUGCCUGUGUAUGUAUUCCUUGGGUCACCCAUGGGAGCCCCUCCUUAAGGACAAGGGACAGAGCCCUCUUCAGGGACUCAGAAGCUGUAGGAUUUGGAAUCCCACAGAGAGUGGCGCUCUACUAAAUAUUUGUGGGAUGAAUGAGCAGGAGGGGGAAUGAAUCAAGAUAUGAAUAGGUAUGUGAAUAAGGGUAUGUGGGGGCCUGGUGAUGAAUCGUAAGCAAACAGGGCAAUAGGCUUGGGAAAGAAGUGAGUGAACAGAAGGAUUGCUGGGGGGCGGGGUAUAGUACUGCAUCUUGUACCCCUUACCCUCACAUGCACACCAAUACCCUGGC